UUUUCAGAGACAAAAUCAAAUGGCCACAUCGUUUUUCAAAUGACCACAUAAACUACCAUGAAGAACAAGUUCUUGCUGUACUCUAAUAGCAUGACAUUGGCCUAUAGUUUGGAGUCCACACUGCCCCAAAUCAAGUGGUUAGACAUUGAACUUAGAUUCAGAUAGGCAUAAGACCACAAAAGACAAACAAACACCUAACUAGUUCCAAGAGUAGUUAUGUACAAACAUUUGGAAUUGAAUCAAAAUCCACUCUUUUUAUGUUUAUUUUUUAAGCAAUCAUAGUGAAACCGUCAAUUUAACAUUGACCCUGCCUCAAUUUCGAUAAGAAAAACAUUUAUUGGGCAAAACUGCAACUGCAGCUGCAAUGUUUAAGUCAAUUGAAACAAGUUUUUCAAAGCUAUAAAAAUUUACAACAAGAAUUUGAAAAUGAAUUUGGAAAUAGUUUCACAAAGAACGUUGAACAGAACGGACACGCCUAAGAGUUAAAAUAUCCAAAAGCUAUAGAAGUGUACAGAAAAAAAAAUUUCAAACAAUUUUGAAAAAAAUAGCAAUGUUAUCCUUCAAAUACGGAGUUGUAGUUAUUUAUUUAUGUUUAAGCAUUGCCUAUGGUCAAGACACUUCUACCUCUGGUUUGCCCACCACUACGACAACCAUAUUGGAUACUUCUGCAGUAGCUUCUGCAACAUCUGGCAUUGAAGAAUCUACAACUAAAGCUGCUGAAAAUAUUUCUGAAAAUUCUUCAGUAAUAACUGUGGAUGUUACUGCAACCAGUGUGUCUAAUGAAAUAUCUUCUACAACUUUAAACUCAAAUAAUGGAGAGGAGAUAACAACCUCUUCAUGGGAACUUAUAUAUCCUGAUCCAAAUUCCACUCUGGUGGAGGAAAAUACACCAAGCUCUAUACCAUCGAUUAUAUCUAAUAAUGAUAUCAAAUCAGGAGCGAGUUCUAAAUACUUUAAAGUUGAUGAUGUCUCAAAUUGUGAAAAAUAUUUUGGCGAAUGUUUGCGUCAGGUUUUGAGCAAUGUCAUGCCUAAAUUUAGAAAUGCUGAUAAUGAUACCCAUUCCCUGACUGGCCUGGAUCCCUUCUAUAUCAAUCGCACCUCUUUCUUGUACAAUGGAGGUCCCCUAAAUGGUCGUAUCACAGUGGGCUAUACCCAUGUUUAUGGCCUUACCUCAAUGAAAUUUCGCAAAGUUAUAUUUAAACGCUCCUCUGUGGGAAAUUCUUUCAAAAUUCGCCUUUCCACUAUAAUACCUAAGGUUUUGGCCAAGGGCUCUUAUAAGGCCGAUUUAAAAUUGAAUUCUGUGGCUGUUAGGCCCAGUGGAGAAAUGAACAUUACCUUGUAUGGCUUGGCAGUGGAACAAUUGGCUCGAGGCGAGAUAUAUACUGAGGAUGAGCAUCGUUUUUUGAAGUUGACAUCGAUUAAUGUAACCGCUGCCUUGAGAGAUGCUAAAAUUAAUGCUACGGGUUUGGUAGCUGAUCUGAGAUUGAACGAUAUCAUUCUGAAUGUGGCUAAUAACUAUUGGCGUGAUAUUUUCAACAUCAUCUUACCGGAUACUAAGGACAAUUGGUCACCCAUAAUAAUGAAUGGCCUCAACAAGGUUUUCUCUAUGGUGCCUUUUGAUUUUCUAAAAUAA